AUGACUAAAUCUUCCACUACAUCAACAUAUAUUUCUCCUAUUCAAGAUCCUUUGAGUCCUUACUUUAUUCAUCCUAGUGAGAACACUUUACUUCCAUUAAUUUCUGAAAAAUUUAAUGGUGAGUGUUAUGGAGAAUGGAACACAAGUAUGAUGAUUGCAUUGUCUGUGAAGAGCAAAUUGAGUUUCAUUAAUGGAAGCUUACCUAAGCCAUCAUCUACUGAUAAAGACCACAAAACUUGGGAACAUUGCAAUGAUAUUAUAAUCUCAUACAUACUAAGGUCUUUAGAAUCUAGUAUUAUUAAGAGCGUGAUCUACUUAAGUACAACUGCUGAAAUCUGGAAAGACCUUGAGGAAAGGUUUUCACAAACCUCAAGACCUCAAUUCUCUUCUCUUCAGCAAAAUCUAAGUGAACUUUCACAAGGUUCAUCCUCAGUGACUAACUAUUUCACUCAAAUCAAGGGAAUAUGGCAUGAGUUGACUGCAAUGAGGCCAUUGCCUUCCUCUAUACCAAAGUUGUCCUUGGCAUAUAGACUGCUGGUACAAGAUGAGAAGCAGAGGCAAACUACAAUUAAUGUCACACAUGGACAGGUUUAUGCUUAUACAACAGUAGAAUGUUUUGCAGGCAAGACCUACAAUAAGCCUAGACAUGUUUUUCAGCAGCAUUAUUCUGGAAAGAAGAUUGUAGUUGGAGGUGCAAGCAAGAAGUCAUGUGACUAUUGCAAGAGACUGAUUUCUUCUACAAAUAAGCCUGGAGAUGAAGAUUCUGCUGCAAAUAGCUCUACUCAUAUUGCAGUUUCAUGGAAGUCUAAGAAGCAGUCCACCAUCUCUAAAUCUUCCAGUGAAGCUGAGUACAGGGCUAUGGCUGCAGCUGCAGCAGAAAUCACCUAG